CGGCCGGGAGCCGGGGGCCGGGGCUCGGGGGCCGGCCGCUAGCAGCGCCGCCGCCCGGGCGCCGGGCCGGCAUGAGGGGCGAGAGCGGCCCGCGGGGCCCGAGCCGGCGUCGCGCCGCGGACAAAGUGUUAACAGAAGUCAUGCAGUGAUACCUGCCAAGACUUGGUAGCCAUGUCGGAGCCCCACAGGGUCCAGUUCACCUCGCUCCCAGGUUCUUUGAAUCCUGCAUUUUUGAAGAAGUCCCGGAAAGAGGAGGUUGGGGGGGCAGAGCAGCAUCAGGACUCUGAACCAGCCGCAGCAGCUGUUCGGAUCACACUCACCCUCUUUGAGCCAGACCACAAGCGUUGCCCGGAGUUCUUCUACCCAGAGUUGGUGAAGAACAUUCGAGGGAAGGUGAAAGGCCUUCAGCCCGGAGAAAAGAAGAAAGAUCUCUCGGAUCCUUUCAAUGACGAAGAAAAGGAAAGGCAUAAAGUGGAGGCCCUUGCCCGAAAAUUUGAAGAAAAAUAUGGUGGAAAGAAACGUAGAAAGGACCGACUACAGGACCUGAUUGAUAUGGGCUAUGGCUAUGAUGAGUCUGAUUCCUUUAUCGAUAACUCUGAGGCGUAUGAUGAGCUCGUUCCUGCUUCUUUGACUACGAAGUACGGAGGCUUUUAUAUUAAUUCGGGAACUCUGCAGUUUAGACAAGCAUCAGAAUCUGAGGAUGACUUCAUUAAAGAAAAGAAGAAAAAAUCUCCAAAGAAGCGGAAGUUGAAGGAAGGUGGUGAGAAGAUAAAGAAGAAGAAAAAAGAUGACACUUAUGACAAGGAGAAGAAAUCGAAAAAGUCCAAGUUUUCCAAAGCCGGCUUCACAGCCCUCAAUGCCAGUAAGGAGAAGAAGAAAAAGAAAUAUUCUGGGGCUUUGAGCGUGAAAGAGAUGCUAAAGAAAUUUCAGAAGGAGAAAGAGGCUCAGAAGAAGAGGGACGAAGAUCCCAAGACCCUGGUGGUCUCGGCAGCUGAAGCGCAGGGCCUCCGGGAGUUGGAGGGCACCUCAGACCCCUUGCUCUCUCUCUUUGGCUCCGCUUCUGACGACUUGCUGCAGGCAGCCACUGCCAUGGACUCACUGACUGACCUGGACUUGGAGCAGCUCCUCAGCGAGUCUCCAGAAGGCACCGAAGGCAGCCCCUUCCAUGACAUGGAUGACGAGAGUGAUUCCCUCGGGGUGGGACUUGACCAGGAAUUCAGGCAGCCCUCUUCCUUUCCUGAAGGCCUGCCCCCGCCCCUGGAGAAGCGUGUGAAGGAGCUGGCUCAGGCUGCCAGAGCCGCCGAGGGGGAGAGCAGACAGAAGUUCUUCACCCAGGAUAUUAAUGGCAUCCUGCUAGACAUAGAGGUGCAGACUCGGGAACUGAGUAGCCAGGUCCGUUCCGGGGUGUUUGCCUAUCUUGCUUCAAUCCUGCCCUGCAGCAAAGACACCCUCCUCAAACGAGCGCGGAAGCUUCACCUUUAUGAGCAGGGAGGGCGGCUGAAGGAGCCUCUCCAGAAGCUUAAGGAAGCUGUCGGCAGGGCGAUGCCAGAGCAGAUGACCAAGUACCAGGAUGAAUGCCAGGCACAUACACAAGCCAAGGUGGCUAAGAUGCUAGAAGAGGAGAAAGACAAGGAGCAGAGAGAGCGGAUUUGUUCUGAUGAGGAAGAAGAUGAAGAAAGAGGGGGCAGAAGGAUCAUGGGACCCCGGAAGAAGUUCCAGUGGAAUGAUGAGAUCAGGGAGCUGCUCUGCCACCUGGUGAAGAUCAAACUGGAGAGCUAUGAUCUGGAGAGGAACCACAAGGCGCAGUCCUGGGAGGACUACGUGAAGGCCUUUCUGGAUGCUGAGGUCAAGCCUCUGUGGCCCAAAGGCUGGAUGCAGGCCAGGACUCUGUUUAAGGAGAGCAGACGGGGCCACGGGCACCUGACAUCAAUCCUGGCCAAGAAGAAAGUCAUGGCUCCCUCUAAAAUCAAAGUGAAGGAAUCAUGCGGCAAGUCUGAUAAGAAGGUUUCAGUUUCAUCGGGCCAGACUGGUGGCCCCCUUGCUUUGCCUUCAGAACAUUUGGGAGGCGGCCAGAGCUGCGGGUCUGCAAGCCGGGAGCUCCCGUCCCAGGCCGCAGGCAGCCUCGCUGACUCUGCUCCUGUCGGCCGGGAGGACCCACUGGAGGGGGACUUGAUCCGGAAUUCCACUUCCUCCUUGGAGGCUGUGUCCAAGGAACUGGCCACGCUGACCAGCAGAGCCUCCGGGAGCUCUGAGUUCACACUCCCUACGCCCUCCAAGGCACCUGCGGAAAAGGGAACAGGCGUUCUGUGUACCGAAGAGAAAAGGAACUUCCCCAAGCCCAGCCCUUCUGUUCCUCCGCCCUCCAGCUCUCUGCAUUCACCCCUCAAUUUCCUGGCGGAACAGGCUCUGGCGCUGGGGCAGUCCUCUCAGGAGAAAAAGCCAGAGGGUUCCGGCUACAAAGAGCUGUCCUGCCCGGCUCCUGUCAGCAAGGGCCUGCCAGACGCGCACCAGCCCAAAACAAAACACCACAGUGUGCCACGGACGUCUCACGGACCCCAGGCCGCCGCCCCCCUGCCCAGCCCCCAAGUCAAAGUCUUUCAUGCAGGCACUCAGCAGCAGAAGAACUUCCCUUCCCCAGCCCCGUUGGUCAGUAAGCUUCAGUCCGCACCCCCACUGGUCAGCAAGUUCCAGGGCCCCAAGGCCCCCUCCCCACAGUGUCAUCGCUCGCUCCUCCAGCUCGUCAAGACCCCUGCCAAGGGCCAGGGCUUCCAUCCGUCUGCGCCCUCCUCCUCAGGAGGCUCGCAGGCAGUCAGCAGCAGCGCUCACAAGACCUCCGCCGCUUCUGCCGCUGCCCUGGGCCACCCGGCAAAGCAGCACGCGGCCAGCUCGGGCCCCACGUACAAGAACAGCCCCUUCACCGGCUCCGUCUCCAAGCACGGCGUCGCUGCCGGCAGCUCUUCCUCUGGGGCCACGUCGGUCCAGGGUGCAGCUUCCGGGAGCCUGCUCCCCGGGGUGCAGCCUCCCUCCACGGGACAGUCUGCCAGCCGACCCCUCCCCGGGGCCACCGUGAAAAAGCCGUCUGUGCCCCAGAAGCUGACACUGGUGGCCCCUCCCGGAGGCCCAAAUGGAGACUCUAGCGGCGGGACCCAGGGCGUGGCCAAGUUACUGACCUCCUCCCUGAAGCCCAGCGCGGUGAGCAGCGCAACCUCGUCUACCUCCUUGCCAAAAGGAACGAGUGGGGCUGUGCUGCUGACCAGCUCCUCCCCCUUAAACCUGCUGCCGUCAUCCUACAAGGCAGGCGCCCCAAAGCUGCCCGGGGCCAUGGGCUCCAGCUCCCUGGGGAUCAUCUCCCAGUUCCCUCUCCACGUGCUCUCCUUCAACGCCGACACCUCUGCCAAAGCGGGGGUCUCCAAGGACGCCAUCGUCACCGGCCCUGCCCCUGGGACCUUCCACCACGGCCUGAGUCACAGUCUCCUGGCUGGCUUGCACUCCAGCCCACCCCGUGCAGCGCCUCUCCCACACGCUGCCGUGUCCACCCACCUCCCGCAGAGUUUGCCAGAUGCUUCUCCGCUUCACGGGAAGGGCCCCGGCAUGCCACGGAAAUUGUGACCUCUUCAGAGGAAAGGCCUAGCACCUUGGGCCUGUGGGGAAGCUGAGCAAGCAGCUCUCAGAAUCUAGGUAACUGCUCUGCUCUUUGUGCUUUUGGCUUUCCUUCUGGAGAAGGCGUGAGCGCUGAGGUGAGCAUCUCUGGGCACUUGCGAUGUGCCUUCCGUGAGGGGAGCAGCCCGUGCAUCUCUGGGGCAUUGACUGACUGGUGCUCUUGUGGGUGCCCGUUGAAGGGGCAGCUCUAGACUGGGGUGUGCUCUGGGCAUGGAGCGCUGUGGGCACACCUGCGCUUGGCCUCUGCCCUGAGCCCUGGCACCUGGUCAGAGUACCUCACAGCGCCCUUCCGAUCAGGGCUCCUUCUGGCCGGUCAGCUCCCCGGCCGUGCUCGUGUCUGCCUCAUCCUCAGGCUGCGUGCUCAAUGGGACACCCGCCACCCCAGGCUGCGGCUGUUGCCGGGAGGCAGGUGAGAACACCUUCUGUGUGCUCAUCAUGGUCAGGGGAGUCUCUGCUGAAUAUGACAAUGAAGCUUUUAGAGAAAAGACUUUGCAAUUCACCGGUUGAGAUAGGAUUUUUAAAGACUUAUUUUUGGCUCAGUUUUCAUCGUUACCAUUAAAUGCAUUGGAUUGGAUGGGACUGUUCUCCGCACAUCAUGUUCCAGGAAGACUUAUCCCAGUGCCUUUAUGGUGGGGCGGCGCCAGACACAGCCACGUGGCCCUCUGAGCCCGUCUCAGGAAGGCCUUUAUAAAGACACAUCUGCGUUUCACACAUAGCCGCUUUCUGUAACGAGUUUUUCCCAGUUGCGCAUCAUAAUCUGUGCCGUCCUGACUUGAAGGUCGCCUGGGCCCCAAGUCCCCGGCCCAGGUCCCGAUUCAGCCAGAGUUUGUUUUUCCAGAGUUCAUACAGGUGGGCUGCAGGGGCCCCACAGCCCGUCUUCGUGUCUGAGGACGGAGGAUCCAGGGGUCCCAAUCCCAGACAGACAUUCCAGUUGAUUGAGCAUCCUCCUCAGGCAGAGCUGCAGGUCAGCUUUCCGAAGCACCUGCCCCGUGAAGCAGCCGCCCGGCUCCGCAUUGGCUGAAGGGAGGUGUGCCGUGUGCAGACGACAGACUGGGACAGUGCCCGGGAGCUCCCGGCCCCUGGCUGUCCUCACUCGCCAGUGGCUGCUUCACGAGGGGGGUGAGGGUCCAGGCAGCCUGUGCGGUGUGUGCCCGAGGCGUGUUUGAACCUACCGUUCCGGCCAAGUGGUUGCAAGUGAGUUGAGUGAAAGGCACCCUCGGAGUGUGUGAAGAUACAGCCCUUUUGGUUCCUGACCCCGGGGGAAACGCCCACCCCCAGUGCAGGCGGAGGCGUGCCCAGUUCCUGGGGGCAUGACCUCUGCAGCUAUCUGGCCAGGCCUCUGCUCUGACUUUUUUUUUUAAUGUAAGAACCAACAUGUAUUUCACAUCGGGUUAAGUGAAUUCUGUAUCCCUUUGUUAUAUCUAUUUUUUGCAACUCGGAUUUCCAGUUUGUUUACAGAGUAGUCUUAGGUAGUAGCAAAAGAGCCAAAGAAGAGAUUUGUAAUGCUGAGCUCCAAGCUGAGCAGAGGCCGUCUGUGACCGCUGAGUGAGCAGUGGGCAUUUCCCAGGCUCCUCUGUGCGAGAACACCUGGGGACCACAGCCAGGAACCGACCCAGCCCGUCCCUCCCCUGCAGCGCUCCCGCCCCCGUACCCAGCCGUGCCGCUGGAGCAGAAUUCCCUCCUUCCUAGGAAUCUAGUGAUGCCUCUUGCCUCAGGGAAACGUUUCUUUGAUGGGGAGUUUAUGGGAUUUCUUUUUCCUGUUAAUGCUUUAUUUGUGGGAACGAGAGAGUGAGUGACCUACACUGCCGCGGCCAGGCAGACAGGCGGGGCGGGCUCCGGGGCCUGGGGCUGCGGCGCCGUGGGCUUUCCUUGGCGCAGCCAUUUUUUAGGUGUGAAAGGGGCUGUGGCUUUCGUGCAGCGACUAUGUCGGUGUUGGGGUGGUGUGGAAAUUGUUAAUCUUGUAUAAAGCAACUCAAUAAAUUGUUUCGAGGUUUCCAAAA